UCAAGGCCACACCUUUCAUUAUUAAUUUGAAAAUGUCGGUUGACUACAUUUCCUAUUUUGUUAGCGGUAUCGUUGCAGUUGGGGGGAUAUUUGGCUUUGUUAAAGCAGGCAGUUUUAUGUCCUUGGGGAGUGGCCUCCUCUUUGGUUCCUUGAUUGCUUACGGGGCUUACAGGGUAUCUGCCAAUCCAAAGGACUUUGCCUUUUUAGCAAUUGUUUGUUGUUUAUUGGCUACAACAAUGGGAUAUCGCUACUUCAAAACAGGAAAGUUUAUGCCAGCUGGUCUUGUAGCUUCGAUAAGUUUAUUGCAAGUCCUAAGGUUUGGAGCAAGAUACCUUCAGCAAUCGUAAAUGAUGAAACUCGAUCAUUAAUGAUAAACAGUCAUGUAAGGUUACAAUACUAUAACUGUUAUUAUCAUUAUUAUCAUCAUUAUUAUUAUUAUUAUUAUUAUUAUCAUCAUUAUUAUUAUCAUUAUUAUCUUACCUGUAAUGUACAUUGUACAUGUAUUUCAAUUUCUUUCGAUUGAUAUAAAAUUAU